AUGGCAUCGGAUUCGCAAGGGCCGGUGGUGGCCGGCAUUGCCAUGGGAUUCCUGGCAUUGACCGUCAUUGUUUUGUCGCUACGGCUGUUUUCUCGCAUUGUUGUCCUGGGAAAGAUGGGAUUUGAUGAUUACCUCAUCAUCGGUGCCUGCCUCUUCUCUUGGGCAUUCUCAGCGGUUACCGUUGUCGCCGUUAAGAAUGGAUUGGGAUCCCACCUUGAAGAUGUUGACCCCAGUCGUCUCGAAACCUAUGCUUUUGUCGUUUGGCUGAGCUCGAUGUUCUAUUUGAGUACGCUAGGGUUUAUCAAAUCUUCCGUCUGCGUGUUUUACACUCGCCUGGGGGAUCGGUACCUCACGCGGCUGUCUUUGGUGAUGCUGGUGGUGGUGGUCGCGCAGGCCCUUUCUUUCGUCUUGACGGCUGCGUUCCAGUGCAAUCCGAUUCCCAAGGCAUGGAACACGGCAUUGCCAGGAAAAUGCGUCGAAAUCAACGUCUUCUACUUGGCCAAUGCGGCCCUCAACAUUGUCACUGACCUCCUGACUUACACCUUACCCGCGCGAGUCAUUUUCCGACUGCAGAUGCCGAUGAAACAGAAGAUUGCAUUGGCUUUUAUUCUGUGCUUGGGACUCUUGUAA